GUAAUACAUUUCUACAAGAGUGGUACCGUUGUCUUCGUGAACCACGGCGAGGAGAGAGACUACCGCGCGCUUGAGGUGAUCGGAGUGAGCGUUAGAGGUUGUUUGGUUUUAGCGAGAAAGGGAGAGACUUUGGGGAGAGGAGCGAUUGUGAAGAUAGCAGAGACUAAAGGUGCUCUCGGCGUCUUGAUAUACGACGAGAGCGACGGUGGUGGGCUCGGAGGGAUCGAGAGAGGCACGGUGAUGAGAGGUAUCGGAGACCCGGUUAGUCCGGGUUGGCCCGGAGUCGUCGGAGGAGAGAAGCUGAGAUUGGAAGAUGAUCGUGUCUCUCGGAGAUUCCCAAAGAUUCCGUCUUUGCCUCUGUCUCUCCACAAUGCAGAGAUCAUAUUGGCUUCUCUGGACGGCUCUAGAGCUCCAGGGGAAUGGCGAACGGGUCGGGUCAGGUCAAGUCAACGGGUUGGCCCGGGACGGGUUGUUGUCAACAUGACGUUACAGGGGGAGAUGAAGAUGAAGAAGAUUCACAAUGUUGUGGCUACAAUAAGAGGUAGUGAAGAACCGGACCGGUUUGUGAUUCUUGGGAACCAUAGAGACGCAUGGACUUAUGGAGCUGUUGAUCCAAACAGUGGAACGUCUGCUUUACUUGACAUUGGUCGACGAUUCUCUCUUUUGCUUGAAUCUGGCUGGAGACCUCGUAGGACCAUUCUCCUUUGUAGUUGGGAUGCUGAAGAGUUCGGAAUGAUUGGAUCAACAGAAUGGGUUGAAGAACAUGUUCUUAACUUAGGUGCAAGUGCUGUUGCUUAUCUUAAUGUUGAUUGUGCGGUCCAAGGCUCUGGAUUUUUUGCUGGUGCAACUCCUCAACUAGACAGUGUUCUUGUAGAUGCCUUGAAGCUGGUCCAAGAUCCUGAUGAUGUAACUUUGACAGUUGAAGAGACAUUCAAGUCUCAGAAUAACAAUAUAGAGAGGCUAAGUAGAGUGGAUUCUGAUUUUUCCGGUUUUCUUCAUCAUGCUGGGAUACCGUCUAUAGACAUGUACUAUGGAGCAGAUUAUCCUGUCUAUCACACCGCUUUUGACUCCUAUGAUUGGAUGAUACGCAAUGCUGAUCCAUUGUUUCAUCGUCAUGUUGCAAUGGCUGGAAUUUGGGGACUUUUGGGUAUCAUAUUGGCUGAUGAGCCAGUCUUACCGUUUGAUUACAUCUCUUAUGCAGAACAGUUGCAGGCACAUAGAGAUGCAGUGAGCAAGCUCUUAGAAGGGAAAGUCUCUGUUGAUCCUUUAAGCGUGGCGAUACAAGAGUUCUCUUUAGUUGCUAAAGAAGUUGCAGAUGAAGCAAAGAAGCUAAAGGAACAAGCAUACAGCAAAUAUGAUGUUGCAGUAGCUGCCAAGAGAAGAGAGCUAAAUGACAGGAUGAUGCUUGCAGAAAGAGGGUUCCUGGAUUCAGAAGGGAUCAAAGGGAAAGAAUGGUUCAAGCAUCUUGUGUAUGGACCUGCAGCAGAACCAGAGAGCAAGCUAGGUUUCUUCCCGGGAAUAGCAGAUGCUAUUGCAACAAACUCAUCAGACGGAUCAAUCAAGCAUGAGAUAUGGAGAGUCACAAGAGCUAUUCAGAGAGCAAGCAAAGCUCUUAAAGGAGGGUUCACAUGAGUAAAUCUUCAGACUGUAGAUUGUAGAAUCAUAACCUCUUUACCUUAUGAUGUAAAGAAAAUAACUGUCAUAUUCAACACAUUCAUUUCUCAAAGGUUUUUCAAAGUCUUUAUGAAAGAUA